UAAAGGUGAAGAAUAAAAGGCAAAUGCAUCAAUGAUUCAGGAAUCAGAUGAGGAAAGCACAGACACUUGCACGUGGCUAGCAGAUGCUGAUGUGAUAUUGAAGAAGACCAAUUCUNAAAUAGCGUCUAUGCAUCGUGAGAUUUCUAGGCUAACGAAGGAGGUAAUGGACCUUCGUCAAUUUCCAAUGCAAAACGAAGAAGGUAGAUUUGGUGAACCUGGAGAAGGAGUUGGUGCAGGUGACGAAGAUGUCGAUGUUGGAGAGGAUGACCACCCUUUAGGGGAAGAAGUACCAGCAGGUGGGGAUGAAGAAGCAGCUGGUACACAUAACGAAGCCGGAACCUCCGAGCAUCGUCAGGAAUUUAUUGAAGUCGAUGAUGAAGUAGACGAUGUUCCGGAAGGAUUGGAACCCCAGGUUGUUGUCCCUNUGCGUAGUUAUGCUGGUUAUCCUAGUGUCUCCGAUGUCGAUGUUGAUCGUUUGUACCUUGCAGUUUCUAAUUGGGACAAUAAGAGAAGAAUUAGGUAAUUGAUUUGAUUUUCAUNAUUUUUUUGUGGUAGACAAAUGUGUGUCAGUUAAUAACAUGUGAUUAUUUUCAGAGUUGUGUGUGAGAUNAUGGGGGCGUUCUUGGACACAAAUUCUAUGCGGACUUUAGGACCGCGUAAAUAUGUUGAUAACUUGGUGGUGUUAUUUGCUACAACGAUG